AUGGACUCCCUCGCCAUCCCAAAGGCCCCGUCGAAUGAGCUCAAACGCCAGAGUUUCCGUACUCUUUCCCUGCUCCAAUCCAUCCCAGAGUUGGCCAGCUGGCUUGAGGAUGCGUGUGCUUGCCAACAGGCCGUCUCCAAGCGGGAUACUUCUCUGUACGCAUACAGCGUCGUUUGGCGGCUCGUUUCUUGGGCUGCCCCCCUCGGCGUACUUCUAGAUAUACUGGGCUCGCUGCCCUCCGGAAGCCACCACCCACUGGGUGCUGGCCCUCUCGCACUAUUCGAAGACUUCAUACAACGGGUACGACUCUUUGAACUCGAGGGCAAGCUGCCGUUCGGUGAGGUCCUGCGGCUAGAGGACCUUCUCGGAUGCUCUUGCGCUGGCUUUUCCAGAAUACUGCGUACCGUGGAUCGCGUCUUGUUGGCGCUCCAAGCUUCGUUUCCUGGGUUGUAUGUGUUGCAGAAGUCACAACCAAGGCACCGUCUACUUCAAGAGCUUCUAGCAAGCGAGCGCGUGCACUUGAGCAUUGUAGAGUCAACCAUAGAGGGGAAGCCGUUGCCAUGGAAUCAACAAAUAGAAUGGACGGCCUCUUUCGAAUGCCUUCUCGUCAACCUUUCACGAUUUUCUGUGUACCAUCACCAUGUGACAAACAAGGUCGAGGAAACUGUAUCUCAGGGGACUGGUCCUCAGCAAUGGGACGAAAUCUUUGCUAUCAACACCCCACUGUACACCAAAGUAGCAGCAGCAUACCGUUCGUGUUGCUCUGAUUAUCUCAAUCUAUAUGAGCAACUGGAAGGCAGAACCGCCGGACGAGAUGCGAAUGCACUUUCUAUCAUUCUUUCUCGCAUCUCAAGCUACGUGAUUGUUCUUCAAGACAUCCUAUUCACCACCAACCCUUCAGAGUCCUCCGCGCAAUUCGACUCGCUGUGCUCAACCAUAUUUCAGUUCGUACUUCUCUCCGAUGACCUGUACGAGCUAGGCACCUCCGCACGAACGUCUUUCGCUUCUUCCAAACUCAGAAAACGCGCGUUCAAGUGGAACAAGAUUGAUCCAGGGGACCUUGGUAUUCUUCUCCUCGAUGACCACCUCUGUACAGGGUCUUCAGGAGAGCAGCUGUCUGUAUUCCUAUUCGAGAAGAUGCUCCUGUGUUGUAGCCAGAUUUCAAACGAACAGGAGAGUUCUCAGGUGGCACUCAUGGCGUUUGACUCCUACCCAAUCGCCGACUGGGAGAUCGGGCCCGCCCUCAGGAGCAAUACUUUGCUGAACCUGAUCCACGCCAUACCCAUCGAUCACAUUUUGGCUCUUCGGUGUUUCGAACAUGAUUCGUUCGAACUGGAUUGGCACGAUGGCCAAGGCGGUCGCACGAAAGGGUUGAUUUUCUGUCGGCUGAGUCAGGAGCAGUGCGACCAGUGGUGCGAAACCCUUCGACCAUUUACGACCCAGUAUUACCGCUCUCCCGACCUCGACUCAGGGCGCGGCCACUGUAUUCCACUCAGCUCCCCGUUACCAGUGCAUCAUCAAAGCCAAAUUGUUGUGGGGAGAUCGGCUAGGCCGCGUUCGUGGAGUGUCAUAGGGAGGAAGGGGCCUCGCUCCGAUACCUCUUCGUUCCAGCAAGAGAAGACAGAGUACCUCUUGAGCCCAAAUUUACUACCGAGACUCUUCAGCACUUCAUCAGAUGGUUUGUUGAGCCCAAGAUCGAACAAAUCUUCGAGCAAGAGCGACCGGUAUGUCCACAGGGUGCUGGUACAGGAUAUUAGGACUAUGACAACAGAAGACAAGCGUGAAUCUGCCGGUUCGAAUUCUCCUCCGGAUCUGACAGGUCAGAUCGAGAAGGAGGCGGCAUAUCCCUCUGCUGGAGGCGGGUUCGCUGAUGUAUGGAAGGGUACUUGGAAUGUCGGCAAUGGUUCACAGGAUAAAAUGAAGGUUGCCGUGAAAGUCUUGAGGUCACGCAUCGAAGACGUUGACCGCGAGGAGCGAAUGAAACGGCUAUUUCAUCGGGAACUUGAUCUGUGGAAGAGGCUUGAUCAUAAGAACAUCAUCCCGUUGCUGGGCACGGCAUCAGAUUUCGGGUAUUACAGCGCCAUGGUAUGCCCGUGGUAUGAAUACGGGAGUGUAAGCAAGUACUUGGAGAAGUACGGCGAUAUCUUGUCAAUGACUGACCGCAUUCGAUUGUUGUGCCAAGUAGCAUCAGGAUUGUCGUAUCUACAUUCGUUCGGGAUCGUACAUGGCGAUCUCACAGGAUCAAACAUUCUAAUCAACGACGAAGGCGACGCAUGCCUCUGUGACUUCGGACUAUCCAGCAUAGCCUCUGAGUUCCAAGACUCCCCAACCACCUUGGGCGUCGCAGGCUCCGUUCGGUGGGCAGAUGCCAGGCUCACCCUCGCGGCCUUUUCCGACGGCGAGACGCCGACUGUGACGACCUGUAAUGACAUUUACUCUUUCGGCAGUGUCAUGCUGGAGAUCCUCUCCGGCCGCAUACCCUACCAUUACAUUCGCGCGGACGCACAAGUUGUCAUCGAAUUGCACAAAGGCAACAAACCUCGAAGACCGUCAGAUUCCUUCGUCACUAGUGCUCAAUGGCAAUUCAUCCAGCGCUGCUGGGGCGAUGAACUGGAAGAAAGGCCCCGCAUUGAAGAGGUCUGCGUGGCAAUGAAGGAGACGCUCCUUGCGAGUAGCAGCAGAUUGCUGCCUACCGGCUGCAAGUCGAACAUCGCCGUUAGAAGACAAACGCGCGGACACGACUUCAAGCACGCUUAG